AACACCACAGAACUGCAGAGUAGCGGGAAAGCAUCGUCUUGAAAAGGCUGUCGUAAUAUUCAGUGGCAGCCCCCAGUUGUUUGCAGCGUAUCGAUGGCCAUGCCCUUUAAUCAAGCAUAUUGCAGAUGAAAUAACUGCAAAUCUACAGAUAAGAGAACAGCUUCCAAGAAGCUCCAGUUUUUUCUGCUAGCCAUGGAUCUGAAGGAAAAGCUCAAGACAUUGAUAAACAAACCAGUGCUGCCCCGGGUCAGCUUGCCGCCGCAGCACGCUCCCAACACCUGGGACGCCUCCGAGGCGCUGGAGCGGCGCGUGCGCGUCGCGCACGAGGUCAGCGACCCGGAAGCUGAGCAGGAGGUGCUGGAUGGCAUCCAGCCCGUGUUCUUCGAGAGCCAGGAGCCGUCGGCGGUGUGCCGCGAGCAGCUGCAGAUGUUCCCGCCGUCCAUGGACGUGAACCUGGUGAACGCGCAGCGCCUGAUCCUGAAGAAGCAGCUGACAGUAGUCUCCAAGAAGGUGUCGGACAUGAUUCUACACUGCCAGCCGGAGCACAGCAAGGAGCUGGAGAGGGUGAUGCUGCUGCAGGAGGAGCUGCAGCAGACGCUGGCCGUGUGCCAGACGGCGCGCCAGUCGGUGCACCAGGCGCAGGCGCACUUCACGGCCGGCGGUCUGGGCGUGCUGGCCAACUACCGGCACCGGCAGACGCUGCGUGCUGUGCUGCGGCCGCUACACACCAUCAAAACACUGCAAAUGACGGAGGCUCGGCUGGAGGACCUGCUACGCGCCGAGGACUACCCGGGCUGCAUCCAGCUGCUGCAGGAGUGCAUGAAGGCGGCCGCCACCUACCGGCACUUCAGCUGCGUCAGUGACAUGACAACCAAGCUGCAGGACACGCUCGACAUGGCCGAGGAGCAGCUGGACGUCGGUCUCAGCAAGCUGUGCACGCGGUUCGACGAGCCGCGGUACGCCCGGCUCCAGGAGGCGUACCUGCUGCUGGGCAAGACCCAGACGGCCGCCGACCAGCUGCUGAUGCACAUGACCUCGGCCGUGCACAACACCAGCUGCCAGCUGGUGCUGGGUCACGUACAGCUGACGCGGCCAGCCGGGCCCGACCGGCUGCAGAAGCGGCAGUAUCAGGACCUCUGCGCGCUCAUCCCGUCGGAGAGUGUGCUGCCGUGCCUGACGGACCUCUGCCGCGUCCUCUGGACCAUUCUCUACAACUACCACAGCAUCGUACAGUGGCACCGGCGACGGCUCGCCGCCGAAAACCCGUCACCAGAGACGGAGUCUGCCGAGCUGGGGGUGAACCGACGCUACGUGGCGCAGAAGCUGGAGCAUGGCCGCGGCCGCAUCUGGCUGGACGUCCAGGGGCGCGUGCGCACCUACCUGCUGGCCGCCGAGCUGGCCCACUUCAAGUUCGACGACUUCAUACAGAUCCUGGACGUGGUGCACAGGCUGCUGGAGAUCGGCGAGGAGCUGAGCGGCCAGGAGGGCGGCCCGCUGGAGGAGGCCGUCAAGAAGCAGUGCGUCGCCUUCUUCCGCGUGUACCACCGCGCGCGGCUGGAGGAGCUGCGCAUGUUCCUCGAGAACGAGGCCUGGGAGGUGUGCCCCGUCAAGCCGAGCUUCUCACUGCACAGCCUGCAGGAGUUCAAGCAGCUACGGCGCCAGAACCUGCUGUGCGCCGGGAAGGGCGCCGAGCCGGCGCCACGCACGCGCUACUUCGAGACGCAUGACACGGAGACGAACCCGUUCGACGUCAAGCUAGACGCCACCGUCGACGAGGACAUCCUAGCCGGUGAUCUGACGGACGAGGAGUCUGACGAGGAGCCGGACGAGCUGAAGGUGGAGCGGGUGGAGGAGGCGCCCGGCGACGGGCCCCACCGGCCGCACCUGCUGCGCCUCUGCGGCCGCUACCUCCACAUGAUGGCGCUGCUGCGCACGGUGGCGCUCGACGUGGUCGUCUGCCUCAGCCAGCUGUUCGACUUCUACCUGUACACGGUGUACAGCUUCUUCGCCGCUCCGGACGACGCCGGCAGCUCGCCGCGGCUGGUGGCCGCCCUGCAGCGCAUCUCCGAGCAGCUGAUGCUGCGGCCGGAGUCGGCGGCCGAGCCGGCGCCGGCCGCCGGCCCGUGGCGCGGCGAGCGCGUGCCGCCGGCGACGCUCAGCCCGUCCGUGGAGCUGCGCCGGCCCGAGGCGCUGCACGGCCUCGCCGCCCGACUCGUGGCCGCCGAGUCGCUCGUGUUCAUCGCCGGUCAGCUGGAGCAGAUCCGGGGCCACCUGGAGGGCAGUAUCCCGCCGAGCAAGCGACUCUACGUGCAGCAGUUCUAUGGACAGACGGUGGCCGUGGCGCCGGACGUGCGCGGCCCGGUCUACUUCCCGGUGACGUCACGGCUGAUGGACUCUGACGUCAUACUGAUGCGCAUGGCUAACGUCAACUGGGAGGUGAAGGAGCUGUGCAGCCAACACAACGCCUACGUUGACCUCAUGCUGCGGGACCUGCAGGUGUUCAGCAUGCGGCUGGAGGAGGUCGGCCGGCGCCUGCCGAUGCCACGGCCCGUGCACGACGCCCUCUGGGACCAGUGCAUACGCAUGGCCAACCGAGCCUUCGUCGAGGGAUUCGCCUCAGCUCGGCGCUGCAGCAACGAGGGCCGGGCGCUGAUGCAGCUGGACUACCAGCAGUUCGUGACCAAGCUGGAGCGCCUGACGCGUCUGCGACCGCUGCCGGAGCGCCACCUGGUGGAGACGUACGUCAAGGCCUACUACGUGCCCGAGGCCGGGCUGGAGGACUGGAUCCGGCAGCACAAGGAAUACACCAAGCGCCAGGUCACUUCUCUCAUUGGCUGCAUGAGCCACGUGGGCAAGCGGGCGCGCACACGACUGGUCGGUCUUCUGGAGGAGGACGGGCGGAGAUGACCGAAGAUGGAACGACUCCGGUGUGGACGACGCCUAGCGAGGCUGUACAUCGACGACGCAUACCUUGCGUGCGCUGCGCCUGCUGGGGAAGCGGUCGCCGCCUGCAGGGUCCGCUUCGCCCGGAGGUCUCU